AUGGAGGACGCGAAGCUGGAGAUCUACUACCAAGACCACCGGGAGAAGUACGAGUACGCGACCCAGCCCAUCCAGCGGGGCCACCAAGAGCACUAUGGGAAGCACAAGGAGCAGCUGGAGCAGCCCGUGGGGACCCUCUCCAACAGUACCACACUGGCUGGUCAAUCUUUGCCGACGAAGGGUCAAGGAGAUCAAUGCAGAGGCAACAAGGCGACGAAGAGUGAGAUCCGUGCAGAAUUUAAGAAGCGCCACAAACCUGACGGGUACACGUGGAAUCAAGUGGCGCACUGGGUCGACAUGGUACCCUUCGAUGCGGCGGAAAGGGAUGGCAGCCAACAAUCCCCGACACAACAAGGGGAUGCUACCCCUGCGGGGGGAGAUAAAGAGACAUCCUACCAUCGGGAACGGUCCGGGAACGCUAUGAAGCGCGAGAAAGGGGAGAUCUACGUCACGAACGCCCAGCAGAGAGUCGCACGCCGCAGCCAAGAGGAGAAGCAGCAGCCAAUGUGGGGGAGAAGGCAGACUCAGCGGCGGGAGAACAACAUGGAAGCAGACCCAGACCAGUCACAACAAGAGGUACUUGCGAGCUUGAAGAGGGGCACUGGCAGGUUCGAGAUUGCGGUGCACGAGGCCGACAGGGAUCAGUUCGAAGGCUGGGGAGCAGCGGACACGCCGCAACCACAACCACAGCACAACAACGAGCAUGAGCAGCAGCAGCAUGCCCCAGAAGGGGACGAGGAGGGGGUCGCCUACAACAACCUCGACUACUACGCCUUCCUCGGACAGCUCGCGGGGAUCGCGAAGCAGAAGCCCGGACAGGGGGGCGGGACAGGGGCCGAAACCUCGCCUACGGCAGCCAUCACAGCAGGAAGGGGGGAGCUGAGACGCAUCAACCCGGCCCAAAUGGCAGCAACCUUGGUGGAAGUGGUUAGGCACAUCCUCAGGGACACGCUCCAUGCCACGUCUGUGAGGACUGAACUAUCAGAGGUGGGGGAACUGCUGGAGGAUGUGGUUGCAGACUUUGGUGCAUCUAUCAGACUCCGAGACAGCGAGGGGAUAGCGGAGGGGAGGGACGCGCUCAUGGAAGCAGUGGAUAUCCUGGACCAGAUCGUCAUGAACUACGACACGGAGCACGACGAAUUUACCAUGGACCCAGCGACACUGCAAGAUGAUCUCCUCCGACUAGCACAACAACUCCAGAUCGUGGUCCCAGCCCAUAACAACCUCAUGGGGGAUAUUAGGGGAGAACUUCCCUCGCAAAGGCCGUCUUGCAACUCGCAGGAGCUCUUUGAAGGUUACGGGGACGAGAUGGGCCUUAUGCAACAACUAGUGGGAGAGCGAGGGGAACACCAUAUACAGCGACCCCAGACAUGGACCGAUCUCCUCAGACAGAUCAGGGGGGAACUCAACAACAUGCCUCUACAAUGCCGCCAUGCGUGUGUACACCAGCUACUCUGCCGCCUUCAUCGUCCGGGGCCUGACCCGGCGGGGGACACAGAAGAGGGACAUCGAUGCGCCCUCCAACUCUUGUUCGAGCACGAGUUCCCCGAAAGUUAUCGCACCAAUGGACAAUGCGAAGCAGAUGCGAUAUGGCUGCUCUUGAGAGGGGAGAGACUGGGUGAAUACAUAGACGGCAUGAACCUACCAGCAGAAGAACGAGUACGAGGGGGACAAGAAGAUGAACACCCGGGCCUGCGGGGAGGCUACCAGCACCAUGAGGGGAACGCGAGGGAUGGAGCAAUGGGGAGGCACACAACGCCGGACGAAGACAGCCGCCGAGACCAGAACCACCACCCCGAAGACUACGAACCUACAGCCUUGAUGCAGUUCUCAUUGAGGGGGAGAUCUACAGGGGAUGAUCCCGGCACACUACCAACCAGAGAUACCUCCUGCACUACCACCACGACGACUACUACACCACAGCAAGGAGAAGACCCUGCCAGACCUACGACCCCUGCAACACCAGCGAGGAGCAGAAGCCCAUCAAGAAGGGGGGACAACCGCACAACGACAACCACCGGAGGGGAACGACAAACCCCCAGCCCCAUCCGUCGAGCGAGAAGUCAAGCCUCGCAGCUCCUAGCAUCCAUCACCUCCGAAACGCAAGCAGCUGCAGAAUAUGCCCCUAAUGCCGAAGAGCUGGGGAGACAGAGACGCGCCGACGCGGCAGCAGAAGCACUGGACCUCAUCACGGAGGCAAUGGGGAUGGCCAACGACGUUGGAAUGCCGGGGGUCGUCGACUAUCUGUCAGCCGCAGCCACAAGGCUAUCGCAACUCCACCUAAUCCGGAGGCCGGGGACGAACCGAGGGGGACGACCACUACCGACACCCAACGCCUUCGAGAUCGCAGCGCUCACAGUGGGAGUCAUGGAAGAAAGCGCACAACAGGGGGAGCCGCCCUCUAUGGCGGAAAUGCUGGAACUGCUGGAACUCGUACAAGCAGGCAUGGCGCUUGAGACAUAG